AGGCUUUACUAGAAUGGAAGCUGAGUUUGUUUUAGGCUAAGGCUCUGUCUCUGACUUCCUGGUACGGUUCGGUUCGGUUUGUUGUUGCUUUUUGAUCUGUCGAAAAAUGGAUCCGUAAAAACCUCCCAGAAGGUUCUGUUGCCAGAUCUGGGGUACUGCAGCCAGAGGUCAGAGAGGUUCGGUUCAGUUCCCCAGGAGCCGAGAUGUUCCAGCUCGGAACACACGGGUUCCUGCUGGCGACCCUCAGCCUGGUUCCGACCCGCGUAUUCUGUUCUUCCGCCGAAGUACCAGACGUCCCUAAUAUUGCCGCUUACUUCGGAACCAAGACCCGCUACGAGGAGGUGAAACCGAACCUUCUGCGGGACCCUUUAACCGUGAACACCUCUGUCCUCAGACCCCCGCCAGGUGAGUUCUGCUCCCCGGUCCACGUGACCGCCGUCAUCAGGCACGGCAGCCGGUACCCGACCGCCAAGAACAUCCGCAGGAUCCUCACACUCAGCCAGCUGGUCCAGAAAGAUGCUUCCAGAACCUCAGGAGGCUCCACCGGCUUGCUGCAGGAGCUCCGGGACCGCUGGGAGCCCUGGUACACCGAGGAUAUGGACGGCCAGCUGGUGAGGAAGGGCAGGGACGAUCUCCAGUUCCUGGCCCGGCGGCUGGCCACUCUCUUCCCGUCUCUGCUGUCGAAGGAAAACGUGACCAAGAGGAGAAUCCGCCUGGUUACCAGCUCCAAGCACCGCUGUGUGAGCAGCGUGGAGGCCUUCCAGGAGGGUCUGAAGCAGCACUGGGGUUGCCACGAUGACGCUCCGGGAUACAGCCACGCGGUGGACGACGAGCUGAUGCGCUUCUUCGAACGUUGCCGCGGUUAUGUGGAGGGCGUGGAGAACAACCGCACUGCCAUGCUGGAGGUGGAGAAGUUCAAACACGGCCAGGAGAUGGAGGCAGUGAGGAGGAGGAUGGCGGAGAAACUCGGCCUCUCUCGUCACCUGCUCACGCCAGACUUGGUGGAAGCAGCGUUCUUCAUCUGUUCCUACGAACUGUCCAUCAAAUCCAUUCACUCGCCGUGGUGCUCCCUGUUUGACGAGAGCGAUGCAAAGGUGUUGGAGUACAAGUCUGAUCUGAAGCAGUUCUGGAAGCGCUCUCACGGUCACGGGAUCACCAGUCUGUCCAGCUGCCCGCUCUUUCAUCACAUCUUCAGGACCCUGGACAAAGCAGGCCGUCCUCGCAGAUCCACGGAGGCAGCUCCAGAACCAGCCUCUAUCCUGGUGGGACAUGCUGAGACACUCCUCCCCCUCCUCUCUCUGCUUGGCCUGUACAAAGACCAGACUCUGCCCACCGCCAGCAACUACCACUCACAGCACGGAAGAAGUUUCCGGACCAGCCGCAUCGUUCCGUACGCUGCAAACCUGCUCUUUGUUCUCUACGACUGUCAGCGCGGCCCCCGGCUACAGAUGCUGCUCAACGAAACGCCGCUGCGCUUCCCGGGCCUCCAGGCUGAGGACGCGCCGCUCUACAGGGACGUCCGCGCAACAUACCGCCACCUGCUGGACGGAUGUGACUUCCACAGAGAGUGUGAGGGGAGAGUGGAGGGUCGGGGGCCCAACACAGAGCUUUGACCCACUACACCCCCACCAGUCCUGCUUGUUAUGGCCUUAUCUCACCUGCCGACGAGCCCCACACCCACUCAGGCAGCGUCCAAUCACAGACUGCCGCUGCAAAGCUGCUCCACAAGCUCUGAACUUUCUGGACGAAGCAUUUUAGAAAGUGAGCAGGGAGGUUGUUCCCUCUGCAGGGAGCCGUGACGCUCCCUGGAAUGUUUUCUGCAGUCUAUCCUUACAGGGUAUCCAGAUUUCCAACUGUUCUUCUUUCGUCCACAAUCCAGACACAAGAACGCAGCACUCCCUCACGGGUCAUCCAGAUAGCUGCCAGCUCAAUCCUAAGAGUUUCUGUCCUCCCAAAAUAUGGAGAAUCUGUGUAUUGCUUUACAGCUCAGCUGGCUGAGUGAAGAACGGUUUUCUAGAUAAAUGCGGGGAAUGUUGCCAGAAGGUCUUACUCUGAUUUUUCUUUCAGCUGACCCUUUAAUCUGGGAUUCCGUGGGAAGCUUUAAGUUAAUUUUAUGCUGAUUCGGGUUUUAUUUAACUUUUUUUUAUUAUUAUUUUGAAAUUCUGGUUGCAUGACUUUCUGCUCCACGUUUGGAGAAUCUCUUCUGGGUGAAAUGAUUGGUGUUUGUGCCAAAUAAGUUUUCAGGGUGCUUUUAGUUUGCCAAAUGUUUCAGAAUGAAAGCUUUAAUAAAGUGAGAUUUUCUGAUGAA